AUGAGCACCCUCAAUAACCCCCUCGCUCUCCUUUGGGCGCUCCUACCGAGGAUCCCUCUCAUCCUACGAACUGCCGUCCUCCACGGCAUUGGCCAGUCCGCCGGCUCAGGGAAACAGGACCUUCGCACCGAGAUGACAGUUGCUAUUAUCCGUUCGUUUCUCACCGGCCGGCGGGUCCCCGUUGGCAAACAACAGAAGGGAGCGAUGCAUGACCCGGGGAUAAAGGGCCCGCUGUGGGUUUCGAAAGUGAGGAUCUCGCAGCCGGAAAUGGAUGUUCAUGAUGCGGUAAUAAAGGCGAUCGAAGAGCUGAAAGUUGGCGAGGAAAAGUACGAUAUUCCUGGUGUUGGACCGGUAGAGGCCGAGUGGACCGGGUAUCGCAGAGGCGUCGACAAGAAUGCGCCUGAGCCGCAAUUGUCAGAGGAGCAGAAGUAUGCGGAGUUGAAGAAGGAGAAUGAUGCUGAUAUGGUUGUACUGUAUUUUCAUGGCGGCGCGUACUACCUUAUGGAUCCCUGCACCCACCGUCUAGCCGUCUCCCAGCUGUCCAAGCGUACAAAAUCCCCCGUCCUCUCCGUUCGCUAUCGCCUCGCCCCUCAAAAUCCAUUCCCCGCCGCUCUCGUCGACGCUCUCACUGCGUACCUCUACCUUAUUGCCCCACCCCCUGGCUCCUUCCACGCUCCUGUCCCCCCGAACAAAAUCAUCCUGGCCGGCGACUCCGCUGGCGGAAACCUCAGCCUCGUGCUCCUCCAGACCCUCCUUACCCUGCAUCGCAAGUCCACGACCGUCACCUUCCACAACACCUCCGUCCCCAUAACCCCGCCUGCCGGCGUCGCUGUCUCCUCCCCUUGGUGCGACAUCUCCCGCUCUAUGCCGUCCAUCCGCAAGAACGCUCCCUACGACUACCUUCCGGCCCCAUCGCCCUUCUCUUCUUCAGAAGCAAAUGGCGAACCCUUCCGCCCGCCUCCUGUUCCCGCAGAUGCAAUUUGGCCUACCAACCCACCGCGCGUCGACUACUUUGUCAGCGCAUCCGCAAUCCUCCACCCACUCGUCUCCCCACUCGCAGCUCCUUCGGACCUUUGGAACAACUGUCCCCCAGUCUACAUCUCCAUCGGUGAGGAAGGCCUCACCGACGAAGGCCUCGUGAUGGCGCGGCGCAUGCACAAAGCCUCCGUAUCCGUAAUCGCCGAACAGGUUGAAGGCAUGCCGCACUGCUUUGGGCUAAUGAUGCCCGGCCACCGCGCUGCAAAGGCAUUUUACGACUCAAUGGGUUCGUUUUGUGUCGAUGCUGUAGCGGAGACGCUUAAAGAGCGAGUGGAUGGGAAGUUGCGCUUCCUUGCUUUCAAGCCGGAAAAUAAUAAGGAGAUCCCGCUUAGUGAAGUGGCGAGUCACUUGCCGGAUGAAGAGGUUGAUAGGUUGUUGGCGGAGACGAAGCAGUGGAGAGUUAUCGGGGAGAAGGUGUUGGUUGAUGAGUGGAGUGCGAAGAUUGAGAAUAGGGCGCGGCUGUAG